GACUAUAAAUACAGUUUAAAGGUCUUCGGUCUUUCUCAUUCUUCACCUCAAAGAUCCUUUUUCCUGUUUCUCUCCUUUUCCCAUUGUUCUUCUUCUUCACCCAGAUUCUGUUUCUUUUUCUUUGAUCUAACAACUCAACACCCACCAAGAUAUCAGAAAUGGUGAAGAUCUGUUGCAUCGGUGCUGGUUAUGUCGGUGGGCCGACAAUGGCUGUCAUUGCAUUGAAGUGCCCUGAAAUUGAAGUGGCUGUUGUGGAUAUUUCUGUCUCAAGAAUUACUGCCUGGAACAGUGAUGCACUUCCGAUCUAUGAGCCUGGACUUGACGAGGUGGUGAAGAAGUGCAGAGGGAAGAACCUUUUCUUUAGCACUGAUGUUGAGAAGCAUGUUUCCGAGGCCGAUAUUGUGUUUGUUUCGGUUAACACCCCGACGAAAACCCAAGGUCUGGGAGCUGGGAAAGCCGCUGAUCUGACCUACUGGGAGAGUGCUGCCCGUAUGAUUGCUGAUGUAUCGAAAUCUAACAAGAUCGUGGUCGAGAAAUCAACUGUCCCUGUUAAAACAGCCGAGGCAAUUGAGAAAAUUUUGACCCACAACAGCAAAGGCAUCGACUUCCAGAUUCUCUCCAACCCUGAAUUCCUUGCCGAGGGAACUGCGAUUCAGGACCUUUUCAAUCCGGACCGUGUUCUUAUUGGAGGCAGGGAAACACCAGAAGGUCAAAAGGCAAUCGCAGCAUUGAGAGAUGUGUAUGCGCAUUGGGUCCCUGUGGACCGGAUCAUAUGCUCCAACCUCUGGUCUGCCGAGCUAUCAAAACUUGCUGCCAAUGCCUUCUUGGCGCAGAGAAUCUCUUCGGUUAAUGCUAUGUCCGCAUUGUGUGAGGCAACCGGUGCUGAUGUGAGCCAAGUGGCUCAUGCUGUUGGGAAAGACACAAGAAUUGGACCCAAGUUCUUGAAUGCGAGUGUGGGUUUCGGUGGAUCGUGUUUCCAAAAGGAUAUUUUGAACCUGGUCUACAUCUGUGAGUGCAAUGGCCUCCCAGAGGUUGCAAACUACUGGAAACAAGUCAUUAAGAUUAAUGACUACCAGAAAACUCGGUUUGUGAACCGGAUUGUUUCCUCAAUGUUUAACACAGUUUCAGGGAAGAAGAUUGCCAUUCUCGGGUUUGCUUUCAAGAAGGAUACCGGUGACACUCGGGAGACCCCAGCGAUCGAUGUAUGCAAAGGGCUGUUGGGCGACAAGGCUCUGCUGAGCAUAUAUGACCCUCAAGUCAAUGAGGAGCAGAUUCAGAGGGAUCUUGCAAUGAAAAAGUUCGACUGGGACCAUCCGGUUCAUCUUCAGCCGAUGAGCCCUACUUCGAUCAAGCAAGUUAAUGUUGUCUGGGAUGCCUAUGCAGCAACGAAGGAUGCUCAUGGGGUUUGCAUUCUGACAGAGUGGGACGAGUUCAAAACCCUCGAUUACCAGAGGAUUUACAAUAAUAUGCGGAAGCCCGCGUUCAUCUUCGAUGGCCGUAACGUUGUAGAUGAAGCCAAGCUGAGGGCAAUCGGGUUUAUCGUCUACUCCAUUGGCAAGCCAUUGGAUCAAUGGCUCAAGGACAUGCCAGCUGUGGCAUAAGAGCAUCAUUUUGAGAGGCGUAUAAUCCGAUUACACAGUUUUCAUUGCAUUACAUUUUAUUUCUUCUAGUUUUAAGAUCCUGCUUCCGACUUGUAUUGAGUUAUUCCAUGACACAGUAGUGUCUGAAUCUGUCAUCAACGGGUAGGAUAUAUUUGAUUUUGUUAUUGGCUUAUUGUAAUAAAACCUUUACCAGUGGAUUUUAUUCCAGUUAUCUUAUGCAUGAAUCAUGGUGAUUACAUGCUUAUAGAAUCA